UCUCUUUUUAAUUUAAUAAAAAAUUUUUUUUUUGUGCUUAGUUGUGUGCCGUGGAAUUUUUUUUAAUUAUCGAAACUGCCGCGGCAGAAAAAAGGUUGGGAAACUGGGUUAGUCUAUAUGAGCUGAUGAUAUAAACACAGAGUGUACUGAAACCAAUUUUCUAUUUAAUUUGUAGUUCAAAAUUAAACCAAACAGUGAGGAUGCCACAUGUACCUCAGCAGAAAACUUUUCCGUUCCAUUCAUCUCCAUGCCAUGUGUGACUGAUUACAAUAUAAAAUUCUGUGAGAUAUGUAGUGUCAACGUGAUUGUCAGGUGAUGAAAAUAGCCUCUUUUACACCCAGCAGAAAUACCCACCCAAAGGCUGUUACAAGUGAUGGCGGGUACCCAUGUUUCGGCCAUCCUGUAUCGAGAACCAGUAUAUAAUCAAGCAAAUCAAAAAGCUGAGGGAGGAAUGUGCCUCUGAUUAGUUGAAUGUACAUAGUUUAACUUAAAACGACAGUUUAAAAUUUUGUUGUUAGACCCGUAUUUUAGUUUCUUAUUUGGUGUUUUUAAUAUAUUUCUUAGUCAGAAAUAAACAAUGUUGAUUUGUUUACUCAGACAACCUACCUUGUAUGUCAUUAAGCUUUCCCACUACUGCCUGCUGUGAGGAAAGUUUACCUUCAAGCCCCAUCACUUCUAUUAUAUGACAUACAGAAAGUGUAAUGAACACACAAAGACAUGUUUAAAUAUUCUUCAUCACUUCCUUUCCAGGCCUAUAUUUAAUAAUCAUCCAACCUUCAUUCACAUAAAGAAUCACACUGAAAUGUUAAACUUAACAGCUUGUUCAAGAACAGUAAGACACAAUUAUUCUGUUCUGGUCCACUGCUCUAGCUGUACUUGAACACAAGAAUGCAUGUGAAUGUCAAUGGCUACUUAAAACUUAAUGGAGUUAUUGCAUCAGCUUUUCAAAACUUUGCGAAUAGGUCUGUCUCAUUCUUCACUAUUUGUCGACCAAACUCGGUGUGCUCUUAGUUGAAGGCCAUAAAUCACUUGACUUUUUCAAGAUAGCUAAAGGUGUUAGUUCAUCUUUAAUCAUAUCCUCACAGACACAGCCUCCAAAUAAUGAAAAAAGUAAUUAAUAAAUAAUAAUAAUAAAAAAGUCUGGACUAUAAUAAGUAUCACUGCACCAACGUAAUUUGUUUUCCUGCUAGUCACCUCAGGAUUUCCAUCCUGAAACAGAAAUGAGUUAAAACACUAAACAGGUUUGAUGCUGCUCAGGUGGAAUCCAAAAAAAAAGAAGAAAAGUAAAAAGUACAAGCACCCACACACAAAGUCACAAUAAUAACACAUUGCAACAUGUUAACUAUUGUUUGUUUCUUAUUUGUUUGUUUUGUGUUUUUAGUCUAUAGCCCUAAUACUGAAUACUGUUGACAUGUUUUAUUAUUUGUAUGUCUCUAUAGUCUAAAAAUUUCUGUGCACUUUUGUGACUUGAAGCAACUUGUGAACACGACUUUUAUUUUGGUUUUGCGAUAUGGCGUCAUAAGGCAUCGCCGUUCUUCUGCAUCUGUUGUGAUUUCGCUGAAGAAAAGCUGAGAUCCACGUGACACACUUUUAUAAAGAUGGCGUUUAUUAAAGAGGAGAGUGAAGACACGAGGAUUGAAGAAGCAUUCAGAGUCAAACAUGAAGAUACUAAAGAACAAACAGACAUGGUGGUACUGAAAGAAGAGAGUCAAGAACUGAAUCAAAAGGGAAAAAAUCAGUAUGAGAAACAUCAUGAUUUCAUGACUAGAGAAAAAUCUUUAAGUUGCUCACAGACUGAAAAGAAUACUCGAAAAAGAGCUCAAAUGACUACAAUUAGAUAUAAUUUCACCUGCGAACAGUGUGGGAAGAGUUUUGAUCAACAUAGAAACCUUACAGUCCACAUGAGAAUUCACACCGGAGAGAAGCCUUAUACUUGCCAGCAUUGUGGAAUGAGUUUCACUCAAAAAGGAAGCCUUAAAGUCCACAUGAGAAUUCACACUGGAGAGUGCCCCUUCUCCUGCCAACAGUGUGGAAAAAGUUUCAGUCGAAAUGGAAACCUGAAAGUCCAUAUGAGAAUUCACACCAGAGAAAGUCCAUUCACCUGCCAACAGUGUGGAAAAUGUUUCACUCAAAAAGGAAGCCUUAAAGUCCACAUGAGAAUUCAUACUGGAGAGACGCCUUUCACAUGCCAACAGUGUGGAAAGAGUUUUAAACAUAAAGGAGCACUUAAUGACCACACAAAAACUCACACCAGAGAGAAGCCGUUUACUUGUGGUCAGUGUGGAAAGACUUUCAAAUUUACAGGAGCCCUUAAUAAACACAUGAGGAUUCACUCAAGAGAGAACUGUUUUAUAUGUCAUCAGUGUGGAAGGAGUUUUACAGAUGAGAAACAUUUGAAGAAUCAUGUAAAUAUUCACAUUGGAGAAAAGCCUUUCAUGUGCCAUGAGUGUGGAAAGAAUUGCGAAAACAAAGGAAACCUUGAGGCUCAUAGAAGAGUUCACACUGGAGAGAAGCCUUUCACCUGCCUUCAGUGUGGAAAGUGUUUCGCACUAAAAGGAAACCUUAACAUUCACUUGAGGCUUCACACUGGAGAAAAGCCUUUCACUUGCCUUCAGUGUGGAAAAAGUUUUGCGUUUAAAGGAAAUCUUGAGGUUCACAAGAGGCUUCACACUGGGGAGAGGCCUUAUAAAUGUCUUCAGUGCGAAAAGAGUUUCACAAAUAAUAGAGACCUGAAAGGUCAUUCGCAAACACAUUCUGGAAAAGAAACUACAGUGUUCUGAGUUUGACAAGAUGUUUACGAAAUGAAACAAUUAAAAAAAUCACCAGCACAUUCACUCUGGAGGAAGGCUUUUUAAUUGUGAUCAGAGUAACAAAAAAAUAUUUUGCCAUCACACUUGCAGAUACAUAAAAAAGAAAAGUCAAAUGUUUAUGAGAACCUAUUCUUGUUCUUUUUGUGGAAAGUGAUUUAAAUGUCUCAGCACCAGAAAAUAUGUAUCUGUGUGAAAACAAAACUUCGUUCACACCACAGGUUUUUUUUUUCUUCGGUUAGGCUGUUUACAUGACCAUUUAAUUGUGGCCCAUACUCAUCUGAACAUGUGACAUUCCUACAAGACUCCAUCCUUUUCAUCACAAGUAAUAAAUAAUUUUAUGUCCAUCCUUCAUCUCUUUAUACUUUGCCUUAAAGCAAAGUAUUUGCUUGGUUUUGGUCCCCUCAGCAGACAUUGCGGUCCAGGGGCACCUACACCGGACCAAAAGGGCACUUUAGCAUUGGCACACCCACCACUGAUCGUCAAAGUAUUUCUGAAAGCAGUGACCGCAUUUUGGUGUUUCGUUUGCUUGCUCUAAAACAUACUGCAAGUAUCAAAUUUCAACAAUUACUCCUCAGUUUAAAUAUGAAUUAUUCUUUCUACUCUUCUGAAAUGCCAGGUUUUGAAAUCGGGAGAAUUUUGACAACACAAUAUCCCCUCGACAUGACUCUUAACAAGUGUUUUAAACAACUCAUGUCUGUCUACCAAUCAAGACUAUAUCAAUCAAACAAGCAUGAUACAGCUUUUAGGUAAAGAUGAGCUUUCAGUGAAAAAAAUGAGCAAACUUUAUAAAAUAACCUUGAGAAACAAUAUAAAAAUAGUUUUUCAUGAGCUCAUUUCAUGAGCAUCUUGACCUGUGAUCGGUGCAAGAACCUCAGAGACUUUGAUCUCCUGAGAUAAGGAAAAUACAAACACAGUGUAUUAACAUACAAGCAUCUGUUUCCACAUCUCACUAGGGAAAAAUGAGAAAAGAGUCUCUCGCCUAUCCUUCCUUCACAUUUGUUCCCUUUCCCCCACAUCCUCCCUUUUAACCAUCCUUCCCUCUACUCAGUUCACUCAGAAUGGAAAGUAGCAAAUUCACAGUCGUGUUUGGUGUUAUCUGAAAUGUCUCAGUGCAACUGGUAAAAUGGUCUCAAUCUUAUAAGUAGACUAAAAGGUAAUAAAGAUCCUAAAAUUUUAACAAUAGUUUGCUUACUGUAGAUGAUAUAUGCUUUCCUUGUGUCUUUCAUGCAAAUUACCACCUGUCCCCUAAAUGUGUAAAAUAUGUGCCUUGAUCAAUUCAAAUUCAUUUGGAGGAUGUACUCCUGAGUACUUCAGGAAAAGUUGCAAGAAGAUCAGGGUGAUUCUGUCACAUGCCCCCACCCCACACACACACAUACUUUAAAAAUGGCUGCUAUGUCCCUGCUUGCAUCACUUGUGUUUUUACCAAUCUGUGAAUAAACACCUGUUU